ACAGUGCUGCAGAUAGGGGCUGCCAACACAUGCGGCGCGUCUGCAGGUGAGGGAACAGGCUCGAAUGUGCUGGACACACUGAGGAAUUCAACCAGCGCUUCCUGAAACUAACGAAGGAUUUACAUUUUUCAUUUUUCUCCAUUGCUUUUUUCUUUUUUUUUUAAGCACAGACUUGAUUUUUUUUUUUUUUUAGAAUACGGUGGAGUUGUCUCGCAAAAAAAAAGAAAAAGGAAAGAACUAUUCUGUCUGCUUGCUGACUUGGAGGAAGAGAGCAGAGUAGGCAACCGGACAGGUAAUAUACCUCAAUUUAAGAUCCUCACGAACUGAGAGCUGACAGACUCCGCGCAAUCGACACUCACCGUGUGAUGAGUUUGGAAACUGCGCGGGCAUUUAAAUAAUCAUCUGUGGACAUAUCACCGGAAAGAGGAAUAUCGCCAAAAAAAAAAAAAGAGAGGAAAUUCUACCCGCAAACUGUGAGUAAAAACCACGGGAUAUGGACUGAAUUCACUUCCCGGGUGAUUUGAUGAUGCUCGGACUGUAACAUUUUUGGCUUUUACGCGCAUGAAAUUCAAAUAUUUGUGGCACCGCCCGGAGUGCAGGGAGACUCUCUGGUGUGCUUCAUGAUAUCAUCGCGGCUCUUUCUUGCAUUGCUAAAUCAAGGAAAAAGCAAGUAACAUCCAGUGUCGGUGUUAGAGAAGCAAGAGAAGAGACGUGAAGCCCCCUUCACUUGCUGCUUCACACUGCAGCAGGAGCGAUGUAGGAAGUCGUCCGGAGGAUGAAGUCUCACGCAUCCCGCUCCAGAGGGCUUAGCUCUGAAUGAAAACGAUAUUUCUUCAUCAGAUUCGGACUCUGCUGUAGUGAUUAAUUUUUGUUUUUUUUUAUACAUUUUUUUUUUAUUGUAAGUGGACAUUUUUACAGGGAGAACAAUGAGGACUACUGGUGCAGUGGACUAUUUGUACUAUUGCAUGCUCAUCUUGCAGUUUGUGCAUCAGCCCGCUGCAAAGCAGGUGCUCCGGUACCGUUUGGCUGAGGAGGGACCCGCCGAUGUCAGAGUGGGGAACGUAGCCGGCGACUUGGGCAUCGUAGCCGGUUCCGGCGAGGUGACAUUCACGCUUGAAUCAGGCUCUGAUUUUUUCAAAAUAGACAACAUCACAGGUGAGCUCACCACCAAUGAGAGACGCAUAGACCGCGAAAAACUACAGCAGUGCCAAAUGAUAUUCGAUGAAAACGAGUGUUUCAUAGAUUUCGAAGUGUCUGUCAUUGGACCGGCUCAGAGCUGGGUUGACCUCUUUGAGGGAAAAGUCAUCAUAUUAGAUAUAAAUGACAACACUCCGUCUUUUCCCUCCCCGGUCCUGACACUGUCUGUGGAGGAAAACAGACCCAUUGGAACCCUUUAUCUGCUUCCCACAGCCACAGACAGAGAUUUUGGAAGAAAUGGAAUAGAGAGAUAUGAGCUUAUCCAGGACAACGGGGAAAACUCGAGGCGCCUGGGCUCUUCUGGGGAUUCGUUCUCCGGGAAGAGGAGAUUUGAGGAAGGCGCGAGCAGGAGCAGUGUCUUUGAGCUGCAAGUUGCUGACACGACUGAUGGAGAGAAGCAGCCUCAACUCAUCAUUAAAGGGGCCCUUGAUAGGGAACAGAGAGACUCAUAUGAGCUUACACUGCGCGUGAGGGAUGGAGGUGAUCCCCCUCGCUCUUCCCAGGCCAUUCUUAGGGUAAUGAUCACUGAUGUGAAUGACAACAGCCCUCGGUUUGAGAAGAGCGUGUAUGAGGCUGACCUACCGGAAAACAGCUCCCCUGGUGCCCCCAUACUUCAGCUGAAAGCGGCUGAUGCAGACGUGGGGGUUAAUGGUCAAAUAGAGUAUGUGUUCGGGGCAGCCACAGAGUCAGUAAGGCGGCUCCUGAGGUUGGAUGAGAGCACAGGGUGGCUGAGUGUCUUGCACCGCAUUGACCGUGAAGAAGUGAGCCAACUGAGGUUCACAGUAAUGGCCCGUGACCGAGGCCAGCCACCCAAAAUGGACAAGGCCACUGUGGUGUUGAACAUCAAGGACGAGAAUGACAACGUUCCUGCAAUAGAGAUCAGGAAAAUUGGACGCAUAUUCCUCAAAGACGGGAUCGCAAACGUGGCCGAGGAUGUGGUGGUGGACACACCCAUUGCCUUGGUUCAGGUGUCGGACCGGGACCAGGGGGAGAACGGUAUCGUCACCUGCACAGUGGUGGGGGAUGUUCCCUUUCAGCUCAAACCAGCCAGCGAAAUGGAGGGGGAGCAGAACAAAAAGAAAUAUUUCCUCCACACGUCUGCACCGCUGGAUUAUGAGGCCACACAGGAGUACAACGUGGUCAUCGUGGCUGUGGACUCCGGGAGCCCAAGUCUGGCAAGUAACAACUCUCUCAUCGUCAAGGUGGGCGACACUAAUGACAACCCUCCUGUCUUCAGCCAGAAUGUGGUGGAAGUGUCGUUUCUAGAAAACAAUCCCCCUGGCGAGAGAGUGACGACAGUGGCAGCCAUAGAUGCAGAUAGUGGGAAGAACGCUGAAUUAGCCUAUUCUCUGGACUCGUCAGUAAACGGGCUUUUCUCUAUCGACACAGACAGCGGUGACAUCCGGGUAAACACCGUUCUGGAUAGGGAGCAGACUGAGCGCUACGAAUUCAAAGUGAUAGCCAAAGAUAAGGGCAUAAACACCCUUCAGGGCUCCGCAACAGUGGUCGUCCUUGUGGCCGAUAAGAAUGACAACGCGCCGAAGUUCAUGCAGGACGUGUUCACCUUCUAUGUCAAAGAAAACCUUGAGCCAAACAGCCCAGUUGGCAUGGUUACAGUCAUCGACGCAGAUAAAGGCCAGAAUGCUGAGAUGAGUCUUUUCAUCGAGGAGGAGGAGGACUUUUCAAUCGAGAAUGACACCGGGACUAUUUUUUCCACGCUGUCUUUUGACCGAGAGAUGAGAACUACAUACACCUUCUGUGUCAAGGCUGUGGACGGCGGUGACCCUCAGAGAUCUGCCACCGCCACAGUGUCACUCUUUGUCAUGGACGAAAACGACAACGCACCAACUGUCACUUUCCCACCAAACAACUCUUACACCCUCCUUCCUCCCUCGAGUAACAUCAGAACUGUAGUCAGGACUGUCCUGGCCACUGAUACCGACACCGGUCCCAAUGCAGACUUGAGCUACAGCAUUAUUGGGGGGAACCCUUUUAGGCUGUUUGAGAUAGAUGGGGGCACUGGGGUCAUCUCAGUGGUGGGGAAGCUGGAGCAAAAGCACUAUGGCCUCCACAGACUAGUAAUCCAGGUGAAUGACAGUGGCCAGCCUUCCCAGAGCACCACCGCAUUAGUUCAUGUAUAUGUCAACGAGACUCUUUCCAAUUCCACAGUGGUGGAGGCCCAGGUGGCUCGGAGCCUGAGCACAUCCCUUAACACAAACAUUGCUGGUGACCCCAACUAUGACCUCAGCAAGCAGCGGUUGAGCAUCGUCAUCGGCGUAGUCUCAGGCAUCAUGACAGUGAUCCUCAUCAUUCUUGUUGUCGUCAUGGCCCGUUACUGCCGCCCCAAGAAUAAGAAUGGCUACGAGGCCGGGAAGAAGGACCACGAGGACUUCUUCACGCCCCAGCAGCACGACAAGUCCAAAAAGCCCAAGAAAGACAAGAAGAAACAGAAAUCUAAACAGCCCCUCUACAGCAGUAUUGUCACCGUGGAGGCCUCCAAACCAAACGGGCAGCGGUACGACAGUGUCAACGAGAAGUUGUCGGACAGUCCUGGCAUGGGUCGAUACCGUUCGGUCAACGGAGGGCCGGGGAGCCCGGACCUGGCCCGGCACUACAAGUCCAGUUCACCACUUCCUACUGUCCAGCUUCACCCGCAGUCGCCGACAGCUGGCAAAAAGCACCAGGCCGUUCAGGACCUGCCCCCUGCCAAUACCUUUGUUGGCACCGGAGAUAACAUUUCCCUUGGAUCUGACCACUGCUCUGAAUACAGCAGUCAAACGAUCAACAAGUACAACAAACAGCCGUUUCGCCGAGUGACCUUCUCGGUGGUGAGCCAGCCCCAGGACCCUCACCAGCAGGGAUCGCUGCAGAGCUGCUACGACAGCGGCCUGGACGAGUCGGAGACGCCCAGCAGCAAGAGUUCAUCAGGGCCCCGCCUGGGCGCCCUUCCCCUGCCGGAGGACAGCUACGAGAGGACAACGCCGGAUGGCAGUGUCGGUGAGGCAGAGCACAUGGAAAAUGACUCUCGGCCCUUGCCUGACGUAGCCAUGACUGGCAAGUGCACCCGGGAAUGCGACGAGUACGGCCACUCGGACUCCUGCUGGAUGCCUGUGCGCACGUCGCCUGAGCGACGGCCAUCUAAGUCAACCACCACCCCACAACAACCAAAGCUUUCCACUUUCAUGAGCGGCAACAGCAGCGGCAGCAGCAGCAGCAGCAGCGCUGACCAGCCUGGCAGCCAAGAGACCCUCGCCAUGGCCGCAAUGGCCAACGGAGACCCCACAGCGGCUCACAUGAUGGGCGACCGCAAUCGCAACUUGCUCAAUAAGAAGAUGGCCUCCUCCUCCUCCUCCUACGAGGCCUUCGGAUCGCCUUCCUACGGUUCACCGGGAAGUGGGGAGGAGACACUGGGCCACCCCACCGAGGAGAUCCCUCUAGCACCAACCGGAGAGUACAAGCCCACGUCCUGUGGUACUCUGACGCGACGGGAGGUGUACCUGUGAGCUUGUAUCCCCUGUGCCAGAACAUUUGCAUUGGAACACACCAAGCAUAUAUGCUUACCCAUAAAGUUACUACUCUAAAAAACUUUUAGCCACUCUUGUUCCUCACAAGGUAGGACUAAACUGUCUCCAAGACAUUUGCGACUGGUCCUUAAUGAAAGGACGGGAUAUUAAAACGUACCAUUUUGGAAGUGCUAAUUCUGAUCUUGACCUGGAACAAUUUGGAGGAGGAGGACAUGCUGUUGAUGACAUUGAUUGGACUUGGGAUGUUCUACUGGCAAUGGGCUCUUAGGACACAAUCUGCUGCCUGACAGUCAAUCUGUAAAAUAAUCAACCCAUUUUACAUACACAGUACAUGCAUGCAUUACCCAUAUGACCCCCCCCCCAAAUGAAGGCCCCAUGUCUGAAGAAGACACUGUACAAAAAGAGACAACUUUUUUUCUAGAAACAAAGCUGUACAUGUGGACUAUUUUGACUUCAAAGUGUGUGUUGGUUGGUUAUGCCUUUUUUUAAAUUCUUGAACAUCGCAGUGCUCUUGCGGUAAUGUUCAUUUGCUGCAACAAUAUUUGGGACACAUUGGUCUCCAUCACACUGAGCUGUCUGUGGAUUCUGUCAACUUGACUGUUUGUGAUAAAAGUUUACCAAAACUUAUUGAAAUCUCAAAAGGACAGUAAAGACUAAGCUUUAAGUACUCAGCUAAUACAAAAAAAAAAACACUUUUUAAAAGGGAGCCAAUGGAAUUUGCUGCAACAACUUCUUUCUUCAGACCCGCAACACAACUGGUGUACUAUGAACACAAGAUGACUGAUUUUGUCUGACCGGUGUGUGGUUCGUCACAGAUAAAAUGUCACUCAUUGUACAUUAACAUUGAACCACAGCAACAAAGCUAACUGCUCUCCUUCCCUUUUGUCUUGCAACCUUCCCUCAGUCUCUCGUUCUUUGUCUUUGAUUGGCAAGGUUGAGACCAAAACCCAUCUUUUAUGAACUGCAUAAUCAUAGAGCCGCUGGCUGGAAAAAGCAUGUGUGUACAUGGUUGUGCAUAUCUCAAUCACAUUGGUAGAAUGCUCCAGUUUAUAUCAAGUUGUAUCCUGUUUUUUUCCCAAUCACACACUCACACAGAAGCAGUAAAGCAAAUUAAUUCAACUGAGGCUGUUCUGACGGAAAAUCCUUGGUAAGCACAGUGUGUGGCAUGCCGAGAUUACAUUUCUUGAGGUGCAACUGAAAUUGUAUGUGUGUAUGGGCCAGAUAUGCAGUAUAUAGUGUGUGUAUAGGCUAUAUUUAGUGUAUACUGUAGAUGUACACCGAUAAUAGGCUAAGGUUGGUGUAAACGUGGCCUAGCUUGUCCUAAAACAGCUGCAAGGACAGCCUUUUACUGUUCUUUAUUUCUGUUGUGUGAUAGACUGAGCAAUAAAUAUCAUAAUGUACA